CGCUCGCUCCGUGCGCGCUCCCGCCCCUGACGCCAGCUCGGAGUGAGCCGCGGGCACAGACGAGCCUCGGCGGGAGAGCGAGAAAGAUGGAGGCGCGGCGCGGAGGUAGACUGCUGUGGCUGGCCGCGCUGUCCGGCGUCCUCUGCGUGGACACGGUGCUCGGGAAAUACGUCAAAGGCAUCGUGGACACCAAGGAGGACUGGGUUUUCCUCACACGGUUCUGCUUCCUCACCGACUUCGGACGCUUGGACUUCCGGUUCCGUUACCCUAAGUCUCGCUGCUGUCAGAACAUAUUACUCUACUUUGAUGAUGCCUCUCAAUGGCCAGCUGUGUACAAGAGGCCCGAAAAGAACUGCUAUCAGAAGGAGGCGGUGCUGAGGCCCGAGAACAACCAGGUCAUCAACCUCACCACCCGCUACACUUGGUCGGGAUGUGUGGUGGAGGGUGACGGCAACGGUGACGAGGAGGUACUGAGCUGCGUGGGCGGUCGCAGUUUCCGCUCAGUGAGGGAGAGGUGGUGGUACAUCGCUCUCAGCAAGUGUGGGGGCGACGGUCUGCAGCUGGAGUAUGAGAUGAAGCUGACCAACGGACAGUCUUUCUGGACACAGCACUUCUCUGCUGACGAAUUCGGGAUCCUGGAGACAGACAUCACGUUCCUGGUCAUCUUCUUCAUAGUGUUCCUGCUCUCCUGCUACUUUGCCUACAAUCUGAAGGGAAGACAGCUUCUUCACACCACCUACAAAAUGUUUAUGACGGCCGCAGGUGUGGAGGUGCUCAGCCUGCUUUUCCACUGCGUCUACUGGGGUCUCUACGCUCGGGAUGGCGUCGGCAACGGUAGUCUGAAAAUACUCGGGAAAUUACUCUUCUCCAUCAGUUUCUUGGUGUUCCUGCUCAUGCUCAUACUGCUGGGGAAAGGUUUCACCGUCACCAGGGCAAGGAUCAGCCACAGCGGCUCGGUGAAGCUCAGCAUCUACAUGACCGUCUACACAAUCACCUAUGUCAUCCUCUUCAUCUACGAGGCCGAGUUCUUCGAUCCAGGCGAGGUUCUGUAUGCCUACGACAGCCCGGCGGGCUACGGGCUGAUGGGCCUGCAGCUUUUGGCCUACGUGUGGUUCUGCUAUGCCGUGCUGGUCUCGCUCAAGCACUACCCUGAAAAGCAACCCUUUUACGUCCCUUUCUUCACCACCUACACGCUAUGGUUCUUCGCCGUGCCCGUGAUGGCUCUCAUCGCCAACUUUGGCAUCCCCCGUUGGGCUCGAGAGAAGAUCGUCAACGGCAUUCAGCUGGGCAUCCACCUCUACGCCCACAUCGUCUUCCUGGUGAUAACGCGACCGUCGGCGGCCAACAAGAACUUCCCGUACCACGUCCGCACGUCUCAGAUCGGGAUCCUGCUGUCCAGUCCCAAAGGAGGCGAGGGCGGCGAGAGCUUCCCUCACCACGCUUACGGGAACAGCUCCUUCCUGGGAGACUCCCAGCCUAACUUCACGGAGCUCUUCUCCAUCCAGUCUGAUCCCGUAAAGACGGUGGAGGAAACGGUGCCGCGCAAAGUCCCAGAUGUGCCGAGGAACAGCGAGCAGAAGAUCAUCACCACCUCGGCCGCCGUCGACGACCUGGUGUCCAUUUUGCCGCCGCUCCCGCCCCCCAUACCGCCACGCCCAGCCGCCACCGCACGCUCACCCCCGCUGCCCGUACGACUCCCGUCUUUCACCGAGUACUUCAGCAUGCAGAGUGGCGGCGGUGGCAUAGCAGGAGGAGGCGGCGGCGGCGGCGGAGGGUUCGGGUCAAAGGCGUGAUACGGGCUUGAGAACAGAGUGAGUACAAAAUAAGGACAUUAUGGAAAUGGUGCACACGAAAGAGGUUGUUACUUGAGAAACAAUAAAUAUUUGACCAAUAGAUGGAUCUCUGAGCAUCAUGCGGGGGAAAAAAAAGACAAAAAUCCACCUAAAUCUUUUUUUUCAUGAUUGUAAAUAGCUUGACAUAUCUCCCGCUUGCUAUCAUUUUUAUUUUCUGCAUUAUUAAUACUUACAUUCUAUUUGUGACCAUCAAAGAUAAUGCCAUCACAUUUCACUUGUUUUUUUUUUUAUGUAAUCUUUUACAUUGAAAUUUUAUUUUCAUAAUUCAAUUUGUUUUUCUUCAUUUAAUUAAUUUUUUUUUAACACAUUUUGAUAGAAAGAAACCCAGAUAUUUAUGUGGAUUAUGAAUUUUAUUAAUUUCUACAGUGGUCCCUUGAUUUAAGAUUAGGGGCCCUGGAUACCACUUUUUUUUUCAGACAAGUACGAAUAUUCACACUUGAGUACUCACCAAUCCGCCACUAUUUUUUUUUUAAUUCAUACAAUUUCAGUGAACUCACUGGCAGAUAAUUGUGAACAAAGACUUUUCUUUCUGACGCAAACAAUGACUCGCCGUAGUGUCGAACAACCCCAUUGUAGCGUCAACUACUGGCAAGGAGGACUUAAUUGAUGUCAGAUUUAUUGAUUGAUUGAUUUUUUGCUUCAGUAUCAGUGGCUGGUAACGAGUACCUAAUAUCUCAUCAGCCCAAUACUGGUACCUGCUGUCGGUACUCACACAUCCCUGCUUCAGCGUUUAAUUCGUUCUGUGACUGAGCUUGUAAGUCAAUUUACUCGUAUUUCAAAUUAUGGGAUGCCUGGCAGAUGUUGUGACACUUGCUCAGUCGUUAAAUUUAGCACAAAGCAAAAAAUGUCGUAAAUUAAGGUACCACUGCAUUCUUCUACGCUUUCAUCAUAACUGGUUAUUCCGGGAUUAGUGUUAUGGUGUAAAUGUAAAACGUCUCUUCUGGUAUUUGUUAAAAAAAUGCAUGUUUGUACUGUAUUUCCCAUUCCCGUUGUCUAUAUAGAGUAUGAGCUUAUAGUGUGUAUUAAACAUACAACUUUUUCUUAAUACACACAAUAGGCUUCAGUGUUCUACCCAAACCUUUUGGCCCACAGUAGUAGUUUAUGUCGGCUAAAUUAAAUGGUGGUGAAUGUACUCAUGCCAAACAGCUCUAGGACAUUUUACACUUACUGCUUACUUAAGCAUUCAAAAUAAUCGCAUUAGCGCAACCUGUCAUAAUAUUACGACUUUAGUCUUAAAUACUGACUCUCAUAAAAUUCCUACUUUCUACGGAAAUUGCGACAUCUCUAGCGUAAAAAUAUUUUAAGAAAAUGACUCAUUUGACAAAUUAUCUUCACAAAUGGACUUUUUUCCUAUUAAAAUAGCGACAUUCUUGAAAGAUUGCAUCUGUUGUAUGAUAACUUAUUCUUGUAAAUUGACAAAUUAUUUGUUCUCAUACAAUUACUUUAUUAUUGAAAAUGGGUUUUCACUCAUUGUAGGACAAUUUAUCCUUGUAAAUUUUUCUUACUAAAUUUCUGGGAAAAUUGCCACUUUUCUCUAAAAAAUCAAAAUUGUUGGUAAAAUUGCAACUUUAUUUAACUUUUGUCAAAUCACGACUUUUUACUCAAAAUGUGACUUUUCCUCAUAAAAUUCCAAAUUAUAUGAGGAAAAUUGUGACAUUGAAAAUGUAUGACUUUUCUUGUAAUAUUACAACAUGACGACUUGUAAUUUGACAAUUUAUCUAUCAAUAUUAUUUUUCCCGUGAAACAGCAACUCUCUCAAGACUGCAACUUAUUUGUCGUAAAAUAAUGACUUUUUGUAAUAUUACGACUUUAUUCUCGGAAAAUGAUGACUUUUACUUGUUAUACAGUAUCUAAUAUGAAAACGUAUCCUCAUAAAUUGGCUUUCUUGAAAUAUUUGCGACUUUUCCACCUAGAUUUUUUAAUUCUUUUGAUCUAAGUUUAUUCUUCUUACAUUACAAUUUUAUCAUAAAAUUAGGACUCGUUUGUGAAAGGGUUUUCACCUUUUUACCAAAGUAUGAAUAUUGAUUUUUACAAAUCCACUUUUUUUUGGGGGGGGUGAUUUUGUUUUAAUCUCAAAUAGUGAUUUAAUCUUAAAAUAGAUUUUAUUGUAAGAGUUCAAUAUUGUAAUUGUAAAAAUACAGUUGGGUUUUUUUUCAGAAAACCGGGACUUAUUGAGAGUAAAAAAAAUUUUUUUUUUGUAAUAUUACAACUUUUUUUUUUUUUUUUUUUUAAAUGACAACUUGUAGCGUGACAAUUUAUCCUCGUAACUUGACGACUUAUGUAAAUUGCGACUUUGUCAUAAUAUUGCAACCCUAUUCUUAUGAUGACUUUUCACUUUCGUAAUAUGACAAUUUCUCUUAAAAGAUCAAAUUUCACUUUUAGUUGUUCUUGUAUAUUUGUUGUUUUUCUCGCAAAAUCUUAUCUUUUUAAUCGUAAAAUUACGACCUUUUGGUUUCAUCGUGGUUCUCCAGCCAAAUGAUCCGUCGGUAACAGAUUAAAGCUCAAAGCUAACAAAUCACAUUUAUCCUCCCGUUAACUAGUUAACAAUCUGUCGUUUGUUAGACCCAAGGAUCCCCUAAUUCCCAAAGGAAAGAUAAUCCCCCCACAAAAUUACCGUUGCUUUUUUUGUGUGUGCUUAGAACGACUCAAUUCUCUGGACAGUCGCGGCCGCUAAUUCUAGCAAGUUCUUCGUAUUGUAGCUUCUGAACCAGUGAGCUCAAAUCAAAUUACAUUUUGAUUUUAGAUCUAGUUAAAUAAGACAAAGAAGAAACAUCAUUUAACAUGUACAGCCUUGAGGAUAUUGCUUUAAGUGUUAAAAAAAGGGUUUUGAAUGUAUUUAGCGUGACACAGCUAACCCCGUGGAGGAGCUGACGUCAUCUAAAAACAGCCCUUUUGCGUGUGUGAACGUUUGAAUUUCCGGUUUAACAUCAAUCUACAGCAGUGUGUGAAAAAAGCAACAAGUGUACAUUUUGUGUCCUGCAUGGAGCACUUUAAUGUUCCUGGUCUCGUUUAUUUGUGAUGUCACCUUGCUGCAAUGUUAUGCACAUGCUAUAAGAGUACACAUGUAAAUACGACCCCGUCAUGGUGUUGAUUGUACCACCAGCUUCUGCUUUAAAAAAAAAAACAAAUAUAUAUAUAUAUAUAUAUAUAUAUAUAUAUAUAUAUAUGACUAGAAAAUAAUAAUGAAAAGGAGGGGGAAAAGGCAAAAGUACGGCAUUGAUGUGGAUACAUCAACAUCAGGUUCUGUCAUGCUCUAACCAUGUCCAAGUGAGGUUGAACACAGGUUCUUAAUACAAUUUGUGUUGUUUUUAUUGUCGAACAACUUUUUUUCUCCUAUUUUGACAUUAUUCUUGCAAAAUUACGAUUUCAUUCUCAUAAGAUUGUGACUUUUUAUUGUAAGUUUUCAUAAUACAGUGAACCCCUGUUUAUCACGGGGAUACAUUCCAGACCCACGUGCUAUAGGUUAAAUUUAAAAAAAACAAAACGUUUUUUAGUUUAAUCCACAGACAUGCUUGUAACACAAUUGCACAUUAAAACACACAGAAAAAGUAUUCUUUAGCCGUUAUUCUCAUUCUCUUGCUGUCAAGCUCGUAUAACAUCACUUUGAGGAAACAUAGAAGACUCUCCACAUAAAAGGCAAAGCGUGCUUGCUCAAGCUUUAUACUUGUCACUCCCGGUUGACGUUUACUGCAAAACUGACACAAAAAAGAAGUGUAUUAAACAAAAUCAAUAUCAAAAUGUUCAACCAAACCAUAUAAUCUCGUCUAACGUAAGUCUAUUAGCUUAAUGCUAACAUAUAAUGUGAAACCACAUACAUGGGCUCAAGGAAAUUAGCAUGGAUGUGACAUUAAUUACAAACAUGCAAACAACUGCUAAUUUACUCACGCUGAGCAGCAACACAUACUACAGCAUUUUGCGGCACAAUGUGUUACUACAAUGAAGGCGCGCAACUCUAAUCUCAAAUUUGCUUGCAAACUGUAAAAACUCCAUAAAAAACGACAUCUUAAAGCUCUGCGAUAUAGUGGGGGAACACUGUACUGAUUUUAUUUAUUUUUUGUCUCACCCCGAGCUUUUAAUCCACAGUGUGUGAGUGCAUUAAGUCAGAGUGAUACUUGAAGGAACAGUUAUAUCAUGGUUGCCUCUGAUUACAUGUCUGGCGUAUACAGUAUUUGGUGUGUCCACCAUUUUGUCAAUUGUUGCUGCAUUGUUCUGUUGCUACGAGUUAGAAACCAGAUCACUGCUUCUGGAUUUAAACACACAAAGUGGAGGGUUGAACUGGACCACAAGGUGAAUUAUGUACACAUGACAAAGAAGAGCACAGCUUUUUUUUUUUUAAUUAAAGCAUCUCUGGUUAAGAGCACACAGCACUGAAGGAAGCACUGUUCAAAUGCAUUUUAAUGGUGUCAAAUAUGCUGUAGAUAUGAUUCACUUUUUGCCAAAAUAAGAAUAAAAAUGUUUUACUAUA